UUCAACUAAUAGAUGUCAAGUCAAAGUGCCUCUUUGUAAAACUCAGGCCUUCCAUUUGUUUUGAUUACUUGCUGGCGUUUGCAAAUACAGAUUCAAAGUUGAUCAGAGUGUAACCAAAUCGCUUCCUCAUGUCUCUCUAACCAGGAAAUACCCCCUGUGCCAACUGUACCUAGUGUCCCACCUGUGCCUAGAAGGGCAGGCCCUUUGAAGAGCAGUUCCCUGGAUGACCAACAGGGUAGUGCUCAGAGUAGGGUGUUGUAUGCCCAGCUGGAGAAGCACAAGGCCAGGGAUCCCCAACCCAGGAGCCUGGAGGGUACACCCAGAGCUCCAGAAGAGAGGUCUGAAGGCCUGGGUCCUGUAGCCCAACAUCAGUCCCCUCAGAGGGGGAGCAUUCCCAUGGGUAGACCUGGAGCCCCAGGCCCAGCCUCAGCCCCAGCCCCAGGGCCAGGCCCAGGCAGCCUGCUGGACAGCAAGAGCAAGUCUCUGCCUCUCCUGGACCUGGAUCAUGACUCUGAGGAAGGGGCCAAUAACUCCUACAGGCUGAGUGCACCUUCUUUCACCCCCCCAAGACUCUCUCCCAAACCCAACAAACGGACCACUGACCAGAGCUCUAGCCCCUCCCUUCUGGACCAGAGGUACCCAUCCGGACCUUCCCUUCUGGACCAGAGGUACCACCAUGAUCCCUCCAAGAGACCGCCCAUCAUCAGCCACAGUCUGGAACAUCUAAGUAACAGCCCCAGCCCCAGCCUUGUGUAUCAACUGGCAGGUAGACCCAGGGACCAGGAAGGACCCAUGACAUCAUCACCACAGGAAGAGGAAGAGGGAGCUGACAGUGUGUACGCUGAGGUCCCUCAUGAGCAGGUUCUCCGUCUCCUACUGGAUGACACCUACGAACAAAUACCAGAGUUAGGACUGAAAGGAUCAGCCAGACUUUAUGAACACAUACCAGAGUUAGGACUGAAAGGAUCUGCCAGACUUUAUGAACACAUACCAGAGUUAGGAUUGAAAGGAUCAGCCAGACCUAAUGAACACAUACCAGAGUUAGGACUGAAAGGAUCUGCCAGACUUUCAACUAACAACCACACCUAUGAGCCAGUGGAGGAGCUCAAAUCCAAACGCACCACCUCCUCUUGGGGGAUAAAGAAUGAGAAAUGGAGAUGGCUGUUCCCUGAGAGACAGAAGAAAUAAUGGAGAAGCAACCCAUCAACCCAAUACUACUGGACACCACAGUGUAUCCACCAGACAACACACAGUGUACCCACCAGACAACACACUACACACAUUUUUUGGUUGUUGUAUACUUUUUCAGGGUGUCAUUCAAACUGAACUUUGAGCCAUUUAUGAUCUGUCUCACAUUAUUCAUUUCAAUAAUAAUAAAAUGUAACCACUCUUUUCUCAAAGUGCUGGACACUAUGCAGGUUGAAAACAUCAAAGUUAUUUCAAUGUUAUUUAAUUUAAAUAUUUAUUUUCUCGACUCUAUCUUUUGCAAUGUUUUCCUUAUCUUUUGCACAAGCGUAGGUGUGUAUUAUUAUAAACUAGGGUACCAGUGAUUAUUUAUUUUAGUGGACAACUGUUUGGAGCUGUUACAAAGUCAUUAAGAAUUCGCUUUUUUUUUCUUAAUGUGAAUACAUUAAGAUAUAAAGGGGGAACACAGAUAUAUUCAAUAUAAGUCAUGAGUUUAAUCAAAACCUGUUUAAACCCUUUCUCAUGUUUGGAGUCUUCACAGAUUUGUCAAAUAUCGUGUGACAUAAAAUGCUACCUUUCUUUCUUUACACGUAUAAUACUAAGCAUUUAACAACUGAUUUACAUAUUGACCUUGACCCUGCGAAAUUCCUGGAUAUUGCUGUCAGACUCUUUUUUGUAUGGAGAUCUUGGAAGUGUACUAUAACCUCGUAACAGUUUGUAUCUCGUUAUGUUACGGUGUGAAAACUUUUUUCAUA